ACCCAAGCCUUUACAAGCUCCUCCUAGUUGGACUCACACUAUGGCUGGUGAAAAGACCCACAUGUCGAUUGUGAUCUGUGGUCACGUCGAUUCUGGCAAGUCUACGACUACUGGUCGCCUUCUGUUCGAGCUUGGUGGUGUUUCCGAGAGAGAGAUCGAGAAACUGAAGCAAGAGGCUGACCGCCUCGGCAAGUCUUCAUUCGCCUUCGCUUUCUACAUGGACCGCCAGAAGGAGGAACGUGAAAGAGGUGUCACUAUUGCCUGCACUACUAAGGAGUUCUUUACUGAUUCGUGGCACUACACUGUUAUUGAUGCUCCUGGUCAUAGAGAUUUUAUCAAGAACAUGAUUACCGGUGCCUCCCAGGCCGAUGUGGCUCUCCUCAUGGUCCCUGCUGAUGGUAACUUUGGUACCUCUAUCGCCAAGGGCAACCACAAGGCUGGUGAAAUCCAAGGUCAAACUCGUCAGCAUGCUCGUCUGAUCAACUUGCUCGGUGUUAAGCAACUCGUGGUGGGUGUCAACAAGAUGGACUCUGACGUUGCCGGAUACAAACAGGCCCGUUACGAGGAGAUCCGCGAUGAGAUGAAGAACAUGCUUGGCCGUGUUGGUUGGAAGAAGGACUUCAUUGAGAAGUGUGUCCCAGUGAUUCCAAUCUCUGGAUGGGUUGGUGACAACUUGAUCAAGAAGUCCACUAAGAUGGACUGGUGGAAGGGUGUUGAUGUUGUACGUGAGCCUGCCUCCAAGGAUGUUAUCCACAUCGAUACUUUGUACGAUGCUCUAGAGAAAUUCGCCACUGUUCCUAAACGUGUCACUGAUGCUCCUAUGAGAAUGCCCGUGUCUGGUAUCUACAAGAUCAAGGGUGUUGGUGAUGUGAUCACUGGACGCAUUGAGCAAGGGAUUGUCAAGCCCAACGAGGAUGUUAUCUUCUUGCCCACUCACACGCCUGCCACUCCCUGCUCUGGCAAGGUCUUCACCAUCGAGAUGCAUCAUAAGCGUCACGAGCAAGCUCUCCCCGGUGAUAAUGUUGGUCUCAACGUCAAGGGUCUGAUCAAGGAUAACAUGCCACGUGUUGGUGACGUUAUGAUCUAUAAGAAGGAUACCACCUUGAAGCACGUCCAGUCUUUUACCGCUCAGAUUCAGGUCUUGGACAUCCCUGGUGAAAUCAAGGUUGGCUAUUCUCCCAUUGCUUUCGUCCGUACUGGUCGUUCCGCUUGCAAGCUCGCUAAGAUCAAUUGGAAAGUCGGUAAAGAGACUGGUGGUAAGAAAAUGGAAGAACCCCACUCCCUCAAGUCCAAUGAGAUGGCUGAAGUUGUUUUUGAGCCCAUUCAGCCUCUUGUGGUGGAUUCCUAUAAGAACUGUGAAGGUCUCUCUCGUGUUGCUCUGAUGGAGGGUAACGGAGUUGCUAUGCUUGGUAAAUGUACCUCAACGGUCUCUAAGACGGUGAAGUAGAUGUCGGUUGAUGUAGAAACUAUUUGGUCUUUCUGGCCGAUGAGUUUUUUG